UGGCAGUAUAUUAAGCCCCACGUGACAGCCGUGUUUACGUUCGCUCGUGAACGUUGUAACGUUGAAUUUGCGAAUAUAUUUGCUGUUUGGUUCUAAAUUCGAUGAUUAAAUUAUGCCACUUAAUGUCCAAACGACCUAGGGAUUGUUAUCGCAAUGAAUAUUCAUAGAAAUUUGUGUUCCCUUGUUUUGCAAGCUCGAAAUUAUAAGCUCCUCUCACGCUUUCAUGCGCGUUUAUUUCGAAGUUUGCAGGCAUUACCGCCGGCUCGUCCAGUGUGCAAGUACCAAGCUGCGAAAAUAUCUAGGAAGCUAGUGGGUCAGUUUCGCUCUGAACUACGAGCAGUCCAAAGCCUCUUGAGGAAUUCUGGACUGUUGAACAAGAAGGAUGGGACGUUCCCGUUUAUGUUUGGGAACGCUCGGGCCCUCCACACGAGUUCUACCCUCAGACAAGAACAGAACGGCAGGAAUAACAAGGACAAAGAUAAAGAAGACGAAGAGUCCAAAGUGUCCCUGCUGGCCAAGGCAGCGAUAUGGAUGAUGACAGCUUAUAUUGUGAUCACCCUGAUGUCGCUCCUGUUCCCCACGAGCAACCAGCCGGAUGUCUUGCGUUAUGUAUCUUGGAAUGAGUUUUAUCACCACAUGCUGGCAAAGGGGGAGGUUGAAGAAGUAAUUGUGCGACCGGAACUGGACCUGGUAACCAUCUACUUGCAUGACAAUGCAAUUAUCAAAGGAAGAAAGGCAGAGCACAAGACAUUUCACAUGAACAUUGUGGACGUGGAGCACUUUGAGGAGAAGCUGCGAAUGGCGGAGAAGAGCCUGGGCAUUCAGGCGGACGCCGGCGUUCCACUGGUCUACGAGCGAAACCAGGAGAGCACCUGGCUCUUGCUCGCGUCACUUAUUGCAGUGGCCCUCAUGAUUCUGCUCAUGUUCCGAAGCGGUACCAUCAAGACACCGCAGGCGAUGGAUUUUUUUUCUCAAAUGAGCAGGGCCCGUUUCACGAUCGUCGACCCUUUGACGGGGUCUGGAAAAGGCGUUCGAUUCAAAGAUGUCGCAGGAUUGCAAGAGGCAAAGCAGGAAAUUGUGGAGUUCAUAGACUACCUGAAAAGGCCUGAACGCUACACUCGCCUAGGUGCCAAGGUUCCAAAGGGUGUACUGCUUUUGGGUCCUCCGGGCUGUGGCAAAACAAUGUUGGCCAAGGCAGUUGCCACUGAAGCCAGCGUUCCAUUUUUGGCAAUGGCUGGAUCGGAAUUUAUCGAAAUGAUUGGAGGCCUUGGGGCAGCACGAGUACGUGAUCUCUUCAAGGAGGCAAGAAAACGUUCACCUUGCAUCGUUUACAUUGAUGAAAUCGAUGCCAUUGGGAGAAGGCGGAGUAAUCUUGGAGCUGAAGGAUCAACAGGGGAAGAGGAGCAGACCCUCAAUCAACUUUUGGUUGAAAUGGAUGGAAUGGCAACCACAGCAGGUGUUAUUCUUUUGGCAUCCACAAACCGAUCUGAGGUUUUAGACAAGGCAUUGCUAAGACCUGGCCGCUUCGACCGUCAUAUUCUGAUUGAUCUGCCAACUCUGGCGGAACGUAAGGAGAUCUUUGAGCAGCACCUGAAGGCUAUCAAUUUGGACAACCCUCCGUCGCAUUACUCCAAGCGCCUGGCUCAGCUCACCCCAGGCUUCAGCGGAGCUGACAUUGCGAACGUGUGCAACGAGGCAGCCCUGCAUGCUGCUCGCAAUAAAGAAAAGGCGGUGUCCGCAGGCAACUUGGAGUACGCUGUCGAGAGGGUGGUGGGAGGAACGGAGAAGAGGAGUCAAGUGAUGUCCUUGACCGAGAAAGAAGUGGUGGCUUUUCAUGAGUGUGGUCAUGCUCUUGUUGGAUGGCUGCUGGAGCAUACCGACGCUCUCUUGAAGGUAUCCAUUGUGCCAAGAACAUCAAAUGCCUUGGGGUUUUCCCAGUACUUACCUACUGAUCAGAAACUCUAUUCCUACGACCAGCUGUUUCAGAAAAUGUGCAUGGCACUAGGAGGACGGGUGGCCGAAUCACUCACUUUCAACCGAGUCAGCACAGGUGCAGAGGACGAUCUGAAAAAAGUGAGGAAGAUGGCCUAUGCCAUGAUCAGGCAGUAUGGCAUGAACCUGGUACUUGGGCCUCUUUCCUUCCCUGACGAAGAAAACAGCAGCAAAGGAGUAGUAGGCCGCAAGCCCUACAGCAAGAGGCUUGCAAACACCAUUGAUGAGCAAACAAGGAUCCUCGUGGCAAGUGCCUACAAGACAACAGAAAAAGUCCUCACGGAGAACAAACAAAAACUUGCGUUGCUUGCCCAGGAGCUGCUGAAGAGGGAGGUUCUGAACUACGACGACAUUGAGAAGCUCAUUGGGCCACCCCCCCACGGCAAAAAACAGCUGAUUGAAGUUCUAGACUUAGGUCCCACCCCAUCAGAUAAAAAGAACAAGAGCUCCGAGACCGAAGGUCCAGGAAAAGCACAAAAUAUGUUGAAAGCUCCGAGCUCGCAGAUAUAGACGAUUUGUGUGUUCUUUCUAGAAGCCUGUGGCAGCAAGUUGCCAAGCCUUUUGCAGAAUGGUAGUUGUAAUAAAGUUGUUUUAUUUCAA